UUGCCUUUUCCUUUUAGGCUGUGCCGGUACGACUGAAAGUCAAUGAUCCCUGCGGGUGCCGAGUCGUGAUAGCUGGUGGUUUCCAACGGUGUAGCUACGGCAUGCUUAUUCGCCAUUGCAGCAUUGUCUUUCUCUCACUCGAUUCUUCCACACACGUACACGAGUUGACGUCUCGUGAAAGGUGUAUAUUCUCACCAUAAACCCCGUAACCCCCUACGACGGAAUGUCCACCUUGCGACGUACGCCAUCCGGCCACACGCAUCGACGCAAGCUGUCACGGAAUGUCGACAACGAUACCGAUUUGGCGGUCGCUGCUUCGUUGACCAACGCAACGACUCCAAUCCAUCAGCCAUCGCCGUCGCGAUUGUCUCUGCCUUCGUCGCCUUUGAUCCUGAAUUCCACCGCAAUGAGUGACAUGGCGUUGCCCUUUCUAGACACUGACAGCCAGGAGAGUAAGAGUGCGUCGACCUCCCGUGGCGGCCCUCGGUGCGGCGCACUGGUUGUUUGGCUCGGGCGUGUACGGGCUCUGCCCCGCAUCGGACGGGAACGACUACGCUCGGUGCCACCACGGUACCGCUGGGCCGUUUUCGUGUUCUGGGUCCUCUGGAAGGUUGUGGUCUUUUGCCUGGUUGUGUAUCUCGUCCAUCCCAGUGAAAAGGGUGUUGCUCGACCGCAGAGGCUACUCUACACGGUCACGUCCUGGCACGAUACCGGAUUCCCUCGGACCACAAACGGUACGGCGUUCGCUACCGAUACAGACGCUGCACCGUCGUUCGACCGAUUUCGACACCGUGUCGUACCCCUGCUUGUUGCCAACGUCCAGUCGUUGACGAUUAUAAAGGAUUGGGACGUGCACGUUGUCUUGAUCACAGCCUAUCCAAUAUCGCCAUCGCAACGCUCCUUCCUUUCGGAAUGGAUACCCCCACACGUGCGUUGGACCGUGUGGGACGGGGCCUGUCCACUCGGGUACUCCCAUGACGACGACCGAACAUUGCGGGAAAACUGUCAUGCCCUGGCUCGGCAACACCGUUACGUGAUCAAAGAUCAAUUGUUACAGCACGACGUCUUUAUUGCUCUCGACGAUACCGUACGGGUCACCGCUCGACACGUGCAACAGUACCUCCGGCUUUCACACGAGUUGGAGGAUUGGCGCAGCGCCGUAUCGGGACCAGUUCUCGGUACCGACGGGGCGGUGACGACGACGGUGCUAUCAAAGCAUCAACUGGAUCGUUUGGCACCCGUCGUGAUACCCGUUCAAAAGCGUGGGAACGAAAGUCGUGGAAUGCCACGAUUGAGGGCAUCCAGUGAUGUCGAACCGUGCUGCAACCAUGGGAAUUGGGAUCCUGGCGACGAGUUAACUUCUUCGCGAGAUUACGUUUUCCAACAGAGCAAUCUCUUCCAACCGUCGACGUUGCAUCGUUUGAGGCCGGCAGUAGAUCCACCUCACAAUACGACGACCGCGUCGGAGGGUAUAUUUGUACUGUCGAACAUGGACACACCCCGUUUAGAAUUCAUGCGGUUGUCUCCAUUUCCUUCGGAACCCACACUCCAACUUGUUCGCUGGGACGGUGAUCUCUGUUUGGGUCCACUGCUGCCACCGUGGGGCGAAACCACAUUCCCGAAGGAUGGCUUUUCGUUGAAUGCGGAAUACUGGUUGGGCGGUUUUCAAACUUUGGCGAAAAUAGAUUGCCCAUGGCAGCGACUUGUCGAUUUUGGACACAUCGUCGAUCAUCUCUGGUACCAGAUUGAGUCGGGCUACGACCGCGGCCAUUGGACUGCCGUAGCGGAUUUGGUUCGCACCUGGAAGCACGUGCUGUAA